GUAACAGCUGUGUGUAAAAUAGAAUCCGGAAAUACAAGCAUCCAAAGAUGGCGUUCUUCUCGUAGAAGAGUCUUACUGGGAAAUUAACUAUUGCUAUUGUUUAUUGAUUGAAGUUGCAUUUUAACAAAUACAUGAUGUCUCUGGAAAUGUUCGCCUGCUGUUGAUGAAUAGACAUUUCCCUCAACCAGAAUGGCAGGAGUAGAAUAUACUGCAGUCGGCGGCGAUUCCUAUACGGAAAACCUAAUUGGAACCUUGCUGGCCAUUUUUGGUAAUUUGCUUGUCAGCAUCUCUGUAAGCAUUCAGAAAUACAGCCAUGUAACAUUAGCAGGGACCAAGGACCCCCGUGCCUUCUACCGAACCAAAACAUGGUGGUGUGGCCUGGUACUUACCGUUCUAGGAGAAGCAGCCAACUUUGUCUCCUAUGCCUUUGCACCUUUAUCUCUAAUAGCUCCAUUGAAUGCAGUGUCUGUCAUAGCAAGUUCAAUCUUAGGUUUCAUUUUCCUGAGAGAGAAAUGGAAGCCAAAGGAUUUUUUAAAGCGAUACGUUUUGUCUUUCCUUGGAUGUAUCUUGACGGUGGCCGGGACCUACCUCUUUGCCACGUUCGGACCCAACUAUCACCAGAAACUUACUGCAGAGAACAUAGUGAAACAGGUCGUAGGAUGGCCCUUCCUCUUGUAUGUGUUCCUGGAGAUUAUUGCCUUCUGUCUUCUGCUGUACUUCUACAAGCAGCGCAACGCUAAUCACCUUGUUGUCAUUCUCCUGCUGGUGGCGCUGCUCGGUUCUGUGACUGUGAUCACAGUGAAAGCAGUGGCAGGCAUGCUGGUCCUCAGUGUCCAGGGCACCAUGCAGCUCAACUACCCCAUCUUCUACGUCAUGUUUGUCUGCAUGGUUACCACUGUGGUCUUCCAGGCUACGUUUCUCUCCCAGGCUACUCACCUGUACGACUCCUCCAUGAUAGCCUGUGUGAACUACAUCUUAUCCACAUCCUUUGCGAUUGUCGCAGGAGCCAUAUUUUACCUGGAGUUUAAUCACGAAGACAUUCUUCACAUCUGCAUGUUUCUGUUGGGAUGUUUAUCUUGUUUCCUGGGAGUCUUCCUGAUUACCAAGAACAGGAAAAGGCUAAAGGCCUUUGAACCCUAUGUGACAAUGGACAUGUCACAAGGUAAUGAAGGUAUUCCCACCAUUCACGACAAGGGCUGGCGAGCAGUGCAGCCGGACUAUAACGGUUCCUUUUCCUACGGUGCCCUGGUUAACAAUGACAGCGUGGCGCCCGCCACUCUACCAGAGCUGGAUCAUGACCAGCUGGCAGUCACACCCAGUCCCACCGCUGCCCCCUAUAGUUCGGCUGACCUGAAGAACGACUGAGUCACCUUUCAGACGUGCUUCAACCCCCCCCCCCCCACCCUACCCCCGUAGGCUGCGUCUCAACCACCCCCCCUCCACCCCCGUAGGCUGCGUCUCAAUCCUCCACCCUUCUCCUGAAGUGGUGUACACGUCUGGAAAAGGGUGCAGAAUAGGGAUGUAACCAUAGACUCCGUGUAGGAUGAUGUCAUCAUUACCAUGUUACCCCCAUCUGGCCAUGUCUAACAAUAAGUGUUUUGUGGGUUGUCAGAAUCAUGUUGUACAGCGGUGGUUCCCAAACUGUGGGAUGCCCCCCCCCCCCAAAAAUAAAAAUGUAUGAUUGUUGUUGUUUUUUUGGGGGGGGGGCACCCAGUCCAGCUUUCAACUUACUCUUGAAAAGUUUUAGUAGUAGAAUGCAGAAGGUGCAAUUUCUAAAUUGGGUAGUACAUCAUCAGUUCCUCUUGUACAUUUACAUUUAAGUCAUUUAGCAGACGCUCUUAUCCAGAGCGACUUACAAAUUAUCAUGUCAGUCAUUGCCUUCCUUAGUGAGCUAUGUAUAAGCUGUCAGAAAUGUCCCGAUCAACUAUCCCAUGUUGGCUAACAUUUUCUAGAUAGGUUUUUUUUUAGCCCUUGGAUUUUAUGUUUGAGUCACUCAAAUAUCACAUUUAAACAUUACAAAAUGUAUAGCAUUUUGAGUAAAUUUGCUUUAAAUGGGGGGGGGGUCUGGGUAGUUCCCCAAAACUGGAAGGGGCGUCUGAGUGAAAGUUUGGGAACCCCUACUCUACAGUAAUUCAACUGAACUGUACACUCUUCUUUUAAUGUCUUCCUAUCUACGGACUGCAAUGAGAGGCAUUUCAACCAUGAGACAUUUGCUUUAUUCCUGCAAAUCAUUCCAAGAAAGUUACUGAAGUAUCCUGAAGUUGUCACUGACCACGGACAAACAUCGACCUGGAUCCACGCAAUCCAGGCCCAUAGACAUGUCAUACCUUUGGACAUUAAUGUGCCUUAGACUAAAGCACCCUGCCUGUUUCUCCCUGCUGCUGUGUGUUCGCCACAUAAGAUUGAGUGACUUAUUCCAUGUUAAUGCAUUUCUGCAGGAUUUCUUUCAAUAGACUUGCCAAUGAAUACUGUCUGCAGUUUUCCUUGUAUGUUUUGCUUGAGCAGUUGAAGUCACCCCACAAUUCUGCCUCUGAUGUGUAAGACGGUGUACGACUGCUUAGUCCAAAAAUGACCAAAAUGCUUAUAACCUGUUAUUGUUUUAAGUUAUUUUAGUUGCAUUUGAAUCAUCAAGUUGUAGUUGGGACUAUGGUCUUAAAUGCACAAUGAUUGUGUGAAUUUCAUGUAAAACUGAAAGAAAUGGUGAUUUAAAAAAAAAGUAACAUAUUUAUUGUGUUUGAAGCAUAAUGUGAUAAAAGUUGGACGGCUUUAUUCAAGUGGUCUUCUUGUGUUAGGAAGGGAUUUGACGCUCGGGCUUCGAAUCUACAUAGCGUCUGACUGGGAGUGCUGAUCUUGGAUCAGGUCCACCCUGUCCAUGUAAGCCUGGAUCAGCACUCUAACUCUUCAGAUGCUUUGUGGCUACGGGCUGUGUUCUGCUCACCACACUAUCCGUUUAUAACAAUGUCAAUGAGUGUGACGCCACUUCCGCUCUUUAAAAAAGAAAAUACAUAAGUUUUUAAGUUGGGAUCUACCUUUAGUUUAGCUGCGUUUAUUAUGUGGACUAAAUGGGAUUCUGAAUGUCUUAAGUUAUAUAGAUGUUAUGACAAUUUCCUUGUAUCACUGUGCAAGCUAAACCAAUAUGAAGAAAUGUCCAAUGAGUGACUGAGCUGAUUUAGAAUAGACUAUGACGUCUCUGGUCAACACUUGUUGUUUGUCAUUCUGCCAGUCUUUUCAAUGAAUAGGAAACCCAGAGGUACUGACACGACCAAUGAGCUCACCGUAUACUAUUUUCUUCCUGUAACGAAUGAUUUGUAACCCUUAACCUCAUUGCCACCACUGUUGCUGUAUUAUGAACUAGGUAAGCAAAUAAAAAAUAUACCACUGA